GUAUAAUUAUUUAUUAUUAUUAUUAUUGUUAUAUUUUUUUGUAACAGUAAAUUCAGAAUUAAAUAAUCGUCUUCCAAAUAAUACUAUUCCGCGAUUGUAUAAAAUUGAGUUUAAUCCAAAUUUGUUUGGCGAAAAAUUUUCAUUUAUUGGGAGGAGUUCAAUUCAUUUUGAAGUUAUUCAACAUACAAAUUUAUUAAUUUUACAUAAAUCAAAAAAUUUAUUUAUUCAUCAUGAAUUUACUGAAGUAGCUGACGAAGUUGGAAAGACUUAUAAAGUAGCUAAUCAAUCAUGGAAUCCGAUGCAAGAACUUAUCACGAUUAAAUUUAGUGACACACUAGAAAUUGGAAAUUAUACUCUCAAAUUGCGGUGGAAUGGUUAUGGUAAUGAUAUCAAAUUCAGCGGAAUGUAUCGAGCUGUCGAUCAAGAUGGUAAAAAUAACUCCAAGUAUCUCGUGGUAACAAAUUUACGGCCGACAUUUGCUAGAACUGUAUUUCCAUGCUGGGAUGAGCCUGGAUUUAAAGCUAAUUAUGAAAUUUCAAUAAUUCAUCAUAAGAAUUAUACCGCACUCUCUAAUAUGCCGAAAAAAACUAGUAAACUUCUGAACAAUGACAGAGUAAUAACUUAUUUUGAUAAAUCGAUGCCAAUUUCAUCGUAUCAAGUUUCCAUUGUAGUUGCUGACUACAAUUUUAUUUCAAAUAAAUAUGGAAAUGUUACUUUUUACGCUCCUAAAGGAGAUUUGAAUUUAGUUGAAUAUGCUCUAAGUUCAACGGAAUUAAUGCUGCCAAUCCUCGAACGUUACACUGGUAUUCCAUACGUCCUACCAAAAUUGGACUCGGUCGCCGUUCCACAGUUUUUGAAACCAUCCAUGGCAGUAGAAAGUUGGGGACUCAUAACUUACAAAUCGCAAAAAGUUAAAUCGAUAAGUAAUAAUUCAACUAUGAUAACUUAUCCUACUAAAAUAACUAUUUUUAAAAAUGUUGCUAAUGAAGUAGUUCAGCAAUGGUUUGGAAGUUUAGUGACUCCAUUUUGGUGGAAUGAUUUAUGGGUAUGCAAGGGCAUUUCAUUGUAUUUGCAGUACAAGUUUAUCAAUCAGCUGUAUCCAGAAUUAGAAGCUAUUGACUUUGAAACAAUUGACACUUAUCAAUUUUUAUUUUUAACCGAAGCUUUAGUUGGUAAUGUUAUAAUGCCAAUGGGAUCUAUACCUGACAACACUUUGUCAAUAAAGCAGAAAUUUAAUAUGUUUUACAAUAUGAAAAGUUUUGUAAUUAUUCAAAUGUUAGAACAUAUCGUUACCCAAGAAGUUUUUCAAGCUGGCCUACAACAGUUUCUUAAAAAUAAUCAAUUUCGUGGCGUUACUUCGAACGAUUUGUGGAGUAGCCUUCAAGAAGCUUACAACAAAAAAUUUAUCAACAAUUCUCUAAAUAUUAAAAAUGUUAUGGAACCGUGGAUAAAUCAGCGUGGUUUUCCUAUUCUUAAUGUAACAAGAGAUUAUGAUACAGGAUUAGUGACAAUUACUCAGUCUAAUGUAUUGGCAAAUCGCAAAGACACUACUUGGAGUGUUCCAAUUAGUUAUGCAACGCAAUCAAAUCCUAAUUUUUCAUCAACAGUACCGGUCACUUGGAUCAAACAAAAUGAAAGAUCUAUAACAUUAUCUGGAGUAGAUCCUGAUGACUGGAUAAUUCUUAAUGUUCAACAAAGAGGAUACUACAAAGUUAAUUAUGACGUAAAAAAUUUAAAACGCAUUAUCAAUUACCUGCACUCAGAUAAUUACCACAAAAUACAUCCUAUUAAUCGUGCAAGAAUACUUGAUGAUAUUUAUGAAUCAUUUACACGUAAUUACGAUUACUAUAAACUGGCAGUUGAUCUUAUUGGAUAUCUCAGUCAUGAAAAAAAUUACGUUGCUUGGUUUUCUGGUGUCGAUCUUAUUGACCGAAUAAUAAAAGUUACGAGUCUGAGUGGCAAUAAUUUGUUCAGAAAUUACAUAAAUAUCAUAACUAAAAAUAUAAUAAAUGAUAUCGGAAUGACAGAAAAUGAAAAUGAUUCAAAAUUAGUUAUACGAUUGAGACGUUCUCUAUUAUCGAUUAUCUGUCAAUUUGAUACUGAAAAAUGCAAACCUACUGCUCAUUAUUUAUAUGAAUCAUUAAUUAAUAAAACAUCUCAAAUAACAAAUCUGAAAUCCAUAUAUCCAUGGGUUUUGUGUAAUGUAUUUCAAGAUUUUAAUUCUACUGAAUGGGAUAAUAUGUUUUCUCAUGAAUUUAUCGAAUUUACAAAGAGCUCAAAUUAUAAUUUUGAGUAUUUACACUGCACGAAGUCUGAUAAAAUCAUUGAAAAAUAUUUCAAUAAAAUUAUUAGUAAUAUGACAUAUGAAAAUAUUAAUAAUCUAGUUAUGAUUUUUGAUAAUAUUAUUCAUGAUUCUCAAUACAACCACACAAACUUUAUAUUGGAUUACUUUAUCACAAAUUUUGACGCUCUUGAGAAUAAAUUUUUGACAAUUGGUAAUAAAAAUGUUAUUCCACAUAUAAUCAAACAGUUCACUGAAUAUCUAGAAGAUCAGGAGCUAUGGGAAAAAUUUAUACGAUUCAUCCAAUCUCGAGCUCUCGAAUUAAAUAAUAAUUAUGAAAUUUUCAAAAAUAACGUCAUGGAAGCGAUUUCUUCGUACGUGGAUAAGAAAGAUUAUGAGUCCGAUUACUUCGAAUUUAUCUAUGACAACAGAUUGGAAACGUUAGAAAUGGAGUACUGAUAAUUAUCUAUUAUUUAAUUUAUCAUUAAAUUUUUUUUAUCGAUCAUGUGGGCAAACUACAAUCAAUUUUACACCAAAACUGUUUUCAUUAUGUCAAAAUAAAUCAAAUUAUUAAUAAACAUAAAAAUUUGUAAAUCAAAAAUAAAACUAUAAAUUUUUUC